CGUCGUGCAAGGCCCGGAGCGGUAUCACUAUAACCGGAGACCGGGGACUGCGGCCGGAGGAGGAAGAUGUACCAGAGCCUGGCCCUCACCUCCAGCCACGGACAGUCCGCCUAUGCCCAUGACUCUGCCAACUUUCUACACCCGGCAGCCAGCCCCCCGGUCUAUGUGCCCACCAGCCGGGUGCCAGGCAUGCUGCCGACCUUACCCUACCUGCAGAGCUGCGAGGGCGCCCACCAGGGGCACCACCUGGGCAGCCACCCGGGAUGGCCACAGACCGCCAGCGACAGUCACGCCUUCAACACCAGCAGCCCCCAUACACCCUCCGGGUUCUCCUACUCGCACAGCCCGCCGGUGGGCAACAGCAGUGGGCGGGAAGGAGCCUAUCAGAGUCCCCUGAUGCUGAGCGGGGGCACCCGGGAACAGUACAGCAACGCGCUGGUGCGCUCGGUGAAUGGCUCCUACUCCAGCCCCUACCCCUAUGUCAGCAGCGAGAUGCCCCCAUCCUGGGCAGCGGGCCACUUUGACAGCUCUAUGCUGCACAGCCUGCAGGGCAGGUCGGCGCUGCACGGGAGGAGAUCCAGCCUGGAAUAUCUUGAAGAAUUCCAUGGGGAGGGGAGAGAAUGUGUCAACUGUGGGGCAAUGUCCACCCCACUGUGGAGACGAGAUGGCACUGGACACUACCUGUGUAAUGCCUGUGGACUGUACCAUAAAAUGAAUGGUAUGAACAGGCCACUCAUCAAGCCACAGAAAAGACUGUCUUCCUCUCGCCGUGCAGGACUGUGUUGUACAAAUUGCCACACAACCACUACGACCUUAUGGAGACGAAACUCAGAGGGAGAACCUGUGUGCAAUGCAUGCGGCCUGUAUAUGAAACUGCACGGGGUUCCUCGUCCAUUAGCGAUGAAGAAAGAAAGUAUUCAAACCCGAAAAAGGAAGCCCAAAAGUGUUAAAGGGAAAACUACCACAGGGUCCACCACUUCAGCCACCAACUCUCCCUCAUCAGUUACAACAGACACCACUCCGGUAUUAAAAACAGAGCCUGUACUACCUGCACAGUACCCCGGGCAGAGCAUCGGCUCAGGCUCCCAGGGUCAAGGUCAAGGAGACGAACUCGUUUCCGGGUCUCAUGAGCUAAAAUAUAUUUCAGAUGACUAUGCCUUUAGCUCAACUUCUCUGAGCCAACAACCGGGACUCAGCGUUCCUCUCCGUCAGGACUCAUGGUGUGCCCUAGCUCUUGCUUAAACCCAAAAUGUCCUGGAACGCUUAGAGGAUGAGGCCUCUACUUGCUAUAUUGAUCGGACACGUGUGGAGAGGGCACAAAACUAUGUUCAAGGAAAAGGAACAAGACUGGCACUUUGACAGUCAGUGACUAUGUACAGGAGUCAGGAAAUCUCGGAAAGAAGGGUUUAAUGCUGUCAUUAUGGCAAUAAAAGGUUGUCAUAAAACCCUGAACCUCAGGACUAGAAGGCCACUCUUUCCAAGGAGGAUGUAGCAUCUUGGUUUAAUGAAAUCCAAAAGGUGGUGGGACAGGAUCAAGAUGACAAUCACAGACACUUUACAGUGAUUUUCCAGUUUGUGUUCUUAUGGUAGCCUCGGAUAGAAGGGAAUUUGCUACUCGUGCCUGCUGACUGCUGCAAAAUCUUUGAUAUCUAUGACAAUCAGAAGAAACUCUGAACUUCAGUUUUGAAGAACUAAAGACUAUUAACUGAAAAACAGGACAAGCCUGGUGGAAAUGAAACAGUUGUCACUGAAACAACCAUUUUCCAUGAAAUUUGCCAAAUAGUGAUUACUUCCUUUCUUACACCUUAAGUGCAAUUAGUUUCACUUUACAAUAAAGAGUGAUAACGCGCCACAGAGAAAAAUAAUUUUAUCUAAAUAUUAGCACGAUUUCCAGUGCACUUUUC